AUGCAUAAUAUCUAUGCACGCGCCAACAACCUCUUUGCUUUUACCCUCUGGGUUCUUGCAGGAGUUACUUUCGCUUGCUUCCUCUCGACUGUUUGGCUCGACUAUACCACCAAAGUUGAAAUCGUCGUCCACAAUCCUCGAGUGAAGUCUGUAGUAGACUACUCCUCCCAGAGUGAAAAAUCUGAUUUGGGUCUUCUUGAUUUCACUGUUAAAGUCGACUUCACCAAAGUUUUCAAUUGGAAUGUGAAGGAAGUCUUUGUAUACUUAGUAGCCGAAUAUGAGACAAAACAAAAUGCUGUGAAUCAAGUUGUACUUUGGGACAAAGUCGUUCUUCGCAGUGAAAGAGUUGUUCUGGAUGUGAGAAAAACUCAAAGCAAGUACUAUUUCCUUGACGAUGGACAACACUUGAAGAACCAUCAAAACGUCACCUUGAAACUUAGAUAUAAUGUUGUACCAAACGCUGGAUACUUGGGUCUUGCCGAAGCUAGCGGCGAAUCUGUAGUACAAUUCCCUAAUACUUACAUCACAACCAAGCAGUAG